GGGUUUUUCUUUUUGUCUGUUUAUGAUUUUAUUGAGGUUCUCAAGUAUCAGGUUUAAUAUGGAGUAUGGAAAGUGACUUUAGAGUUUAGGUUAGGGUUGUUACUUAACCUUUUAAGUUGUCUUGGGGGAGGGUGUCGUCAGGAUGGAUGUCGAUGAUGCAAGAGGCUUACUGGCGUUUCUAUUGGUUUCGGGGGUGGUGGCUUUUAGAUAUCCUUGGUUCAAGAGUGGGUUCGAAUUGGCUUUUUAUGGGAUUGUGCCUGAUCGAUGGGGAUAUAUUUCGUUGUGCAUAUACUCUCUGGUGGGUAUGAUAUCCAAUUCUUCAUCAUGAUAAAUAACAUCAAAUAUCCUUCUCCUUCCUCAAUGUCGGCUCAUCCUCGUCUACGUCCCCUACACCUCCGUCCGACGGUCUCUUUUGAGCCUGCGUGGAGAUAAACCGGAUCAUACUCUCGCAAAGACGAUCAAGAACCCACUCCGGCUCUGUCUGUGAAGCCAGCAUGGGGCUAUUCUCACCCAUCCAGUCCCAAUUCAGAAGCCCAUAUUCAUCCUCAUAUAAAACCGUAUCCCCCGGACUCG